UGAAGGCGUCAUCAUCUUACAAACAGUAUGGCGGCUCCCGUGAGCAGUGUGGGGAAACCUGCAGUUACGAGUUUCCAGAAGAAAACAAGGAGCAAACUAAUCUCUAUUCCUGGUACCAGACCCUCGGUUCAAAACGGACAACUCUUAGUUUCUACCGGUGUGACGUCCCUUGACUAUCUGCUCGGUGGUGGGUUAGCAGUUGGAACAGUACUCCUCAUAGGGGUCAGGUGCAUGCUCAAGACAGGUGUCUUCCUCUCACCUCCUCUGCUGGUCGGGGAUAUGAUAGAGGAGGACCGAUAUGAUAGCUACUCACGUAUGAUCUUGAAGUACUUCCUGGCAGAAGGCGUUGUGUGUCGACAUGAACUUUUUGUGGCAUCUGCUCAAGAUAACCCUGAUGACAUCCUACAGGAACUCCCAUCUCCCAUCCUCGAUGAUGUUGCUAUUCACAAACCAGCGGAGCAGCCCAGGCUGCCCUCUGAACCCCAGGACAGUUUGGAUGCCAUGAAGAUCGCCUGGCGCUAUCAGAAUCUACCCAAAGUACAGACUGCCCUGGCAUCCUCGUCACGGUUCGGGCACUACUAUGACGUCUCCAAGACAAUGGAGCCAGAAAUUCGUCAGGCAGCCAAGUGCCACCGCUUCUACCUUCCAGAGCAUCCCACCCAGUCAUCACCCACACACAGUACCACGCUCCGGUCCUACUCUGAGUUGCUGAAGUCACUGCAGGAGGUCAUAUACAGGGAGGGAUUUGAUCUGGCAACCCCGAUGUCAAACUCGCGCAACAUCCUGCGAAUUGGGCUUCACUCUCUUGGCUCAGUUAUGUGGGGUGAUGACCUGUGCUGCCAUGACAACCCCAGAAACAGCCACGCCCUCACAACUUUUCUCUAUGGACUGCGUGCUUUGCUAAGGUCAUCGCUAUCAGUUGCAGUAAUUACUGUGCCUUCACAUCUCAUACAGGACAGAACUCUAAUGGGCAGCGUAACCAGGCUAUGUGACAAUGCCAUUGCCCUGGAAUCAUUCAAAGGCUGUGAGAGAGAGACCAACCCACUCUACAAAGAUUACCAUGGCCUGUUACAUGUACGCCAAAUACCUCACCUGAACUGUCUGGCAAGUCAACUCCCUGACCAUAAGGACCUGGCCUUUAAGCUCAAGAGAAAGCAGUUCACUAUUGAGAGACUACAUCUGCCUCCAGACUUGUCUGAGACGGUGAGUCGUGUGAGCAGGGGGGAGCUGGCAGGAGCGCACACCGUGGCUUCUGCCUGUGGCACCGGCACUUCCGGCAACAAACACCUGGACUUCUAGAACUCCCACACAGUCGCCACGGGCAUCCAACACCUGGAACGCUGCAGCGUUGUCCUCUUAACCACUGUGACCAGGUUGUUCCCUCGCCCACAAGAUGUCAACAGUGAUAACCCUGCCAGCCUUUACCACCUGCCAACUGUGCCAGCCAGGGGUAUUGACCUAAACAUCCAGAGCAGCUUUUCUCAUAACGGACACUAUCUUUUAACUUAUAAGUCAUUUUUAUUUCAAUAAAGUUACUUUAUUAGUUAUAAUGUGACCCUGACAACAUUUGCUCAUUCCACGCCAUCAUGAAAAGUUUAUUUAGUUUAUGGCUUUUGCCAAUUUUUUUUUAAACCCCACAGUUUGCUUUAAGUUGAAAAAUGUUAGUCCUACAGUUUGUCUGUGUUAAAGAUAACUUGCAGGAUAACAAGUAUUUUUUCCAUUUAAAAUCCAAGAUGGCGGACUCAUUUGGUACAUUCCAUUUUGUUCUGUCCCUUGAGAAUUUGAAUAUGAGUAAAAUAGUAUCCUAGAAUAUUUUUCAGCCUUUACAAACUCUCAGGCUUGGAAAACGUUAAAUAAUUGAACUGCAUGCUCCCAUACUCUACUUUACAAAACAAGCUGCCACUCCUGUCUAGCUCCAUCAUGUACAAUAGUAGUGUGCGAUAAAAUGUCUUUUUGGAUAGUUCAAUAAAAUAAAACCUAUAAAAAAAUAUGCAUUAA